GGCCCCGUCGGCGGGUCGGUGCGCGGGGAGGAUGGGCCGGUGGCGGGGCCGGGCGCGGGGCGUCGCGGUGGCGGUGGCGCACGGGCUGUGCUCGGGCUCGCUGAACAUCCUGCUGAAGUUCCUGCUGGCCCGCUACCACUUCGCCUUCCUGACGCUGCUGCAGUGCCUCAGCAGCGCGGCGGCGGCGCUGGGGCUGGAGGCGCUGCGGCGGCGGGGGCUGGCGGCGCUGCCGCCCUUCGGGCCCCGCCUGGCGCGCCCCUUCGCCGCCGUGGCCGCCCUGGCCACGCUGCAGUCCACCCUCACCCUCUGGUCGCUGCGCGGCCUCAGCCUCCCCAUGUACGUCGUCUUCAAGCGCUGCCUGCCCCUCGUCACCCUCCUCACCGGCGCCCUGGUGCUCCGCGACGGCAUGCCCUCGCCCGGCGUCCUCGUCGCCGUCCUCAUCACCACCUGCGGCGCCGCGCUGGCCGGAGCUGGUGACCUGACUGGUGAUGCUAUGGGCUAUGUGACAGGCGUGCUGGCCGUGCUGAUACAUGCUGCCUACCUGGUGCUCAUUCAGAAGACCAGUGUAGACAGUGAAUACGGACCCCUGACAGCUCAGUAUGCCAUCGCUGUUUCAGCCACCCCUUUUCUCAUCAUCUGCUCCUUUGCCAGCAUGGAUUCCAUCAACGUCUGGUCCUUCCCGGGGUGGAAGGACCCUGCCAUGGUAUGCAUCUUUAUCGCUUGCGUCCUGAUUAGCUGUGCCAUGAACUUUACCACCCUUCACUGCACUUACAUUAACUCAGCUGUGACCACCAGCUUCGUAGGGGUGGUGAAGAGCAUAGCAACCAUCACAGUGGGCAUGGUGGCAUUCAAUGAUGUGGAGCCCACAAAGUUAUUUAUAGCCGGUGUUGUGGUCAACACCUUGGGGUCUAUCAUUUACUGCGUGGCCAAGUACAUUGAGACCAGGCGGCAGGGCAAUUACGAGGACCUGGAGAAAGAAGCUGGAGAAGAGGAGGGGAAAAGGCAGGCUGGGGACCAAGCACUGUUUGCGAUGGAGGCAAUUACCCAGGAGAAGGGGGCUGAGGAAGCAGCAGUGGAAGCAUCAGCCACGGGGGACAGCCAGGUCAGAGAGGAAGAGAAGGAUGGUGCUGAGAAACCUGCCAAGGGACUGGCGGUCCAGGGAAAAGCCACUGGCUUACAAGAAGCAAACAGGAGCUCGCUGAAGGAUGCCUAUCUUGGAGUAUGGAGGUUGGUGAGGGGUGCUAAUUAUAUAAAGAAGGAUUAUUUGAUAGAGAAUGAAGAGCUACCAAACCCUUAAAAAGCAGGUUUGAAAACUGCUUGCUUGAGGACAGACACCUGGUUCUCUGUACAGGGGGAAAGGCAGAGCAUACAUUUCCACAUCAAUGCUGACAAAUCCAAAUCAUGUAGGAUGACUUUACCUCAUUGUCAAAAAGCAAAAGGUUAGAGUCUGCUCAUGCUUUGGGCUUGCUUUCAGCUGCUUUCAGUACAUCAGUUUAGACCCACCACAGGUAAAGGUGCCGAGUCCUCUGCUGUGGACACAGAGAGAGUUGGGUAAUGGGAGGUCACGGGGUGCUUGCCCAGCAGCCUGGGCUAUGAGGGACAUCAGUACCACUGAGUCAGUCGGCAGUGCCAGUGACACGGUGGUGGCCUGUAACUUAGCUUGUGUCUGGAGCCUUGUGACUUUAACACCAUUCGGAGGCUCUGUUGAUGCACUGCCAUAUCUGUAUCCGUCCAAUUAUAGGUACGCUAUAUAAAUAUAUUCCUACAAUAUAUAAGCUCCUAUUAACUGUACUUUUAUGUGCUCCUCUGUGUCAAUACAAUUGCAAUGGGGCUAGAGGUUGUGCCACUUCAAUUAUAUUGGUGUAAAAUCACCCUCUUAACUGAAGAAUUGAAACUCUCCCUGAUUCUGUGGCCAGGCUGGGCCUUGGACCUGGUUUACAUUGGGUGGUUUGUGUCUUCAGCACAAGUACUUUUGUCUUGCAGUGGUGCACAUGAGAGCAGAACCAGAUCUGAACCUUUGAGAAGCUUUGGUUAGCAAAAGAAGGAUGUUUUUCUAUGAGCUUUAACUACAUGUAGCAUUGGGAAUAUUAGCUUGACCCAAAUAAAAGAGUUUGGAAAUGUUGAUAUGUACGGAUUUGGGAGGGCUAUAAAAAAAUUAGGGAGAAAGUGUGUGCCUUGUGCUAUCCCCUCCUUGUACCCUAAAGUUGCGUGAAUCAGAGCCUGGGCUGGAACCUAGGUGUCCUCUCCAUCUCCCUCUCUCAGAAGUACAGGCUGAUAGCAGAACUGGGGACACCAUCUUGCCAGGGUUCCCAGGGGUGCUUUUGCAGGACAGGUUUGCUAUAUCCUGGCAACGUGUUAGGACAUGGCUUUGUGCCUAUCAGCCCUCGCUGGCCCCCCGCUGGGAUGUCCAGUGGAAGAAAGCACAGGCAGGCAGGCAGGCAGGGAGCUGCAGUGCGCUCCGGCAGAUCCCAUGGCCGAGCGCUCCACGGCUGGGAUGCUCGGUGCGCUCGGCGCCGAGACGUCCGUGGCUUUGGUGGAAGCUGCUCCCCUGUGCCCAGACUGUCCCCGCGGGCUGCGAAGGUCAGAGCGGCCUUGCCACCCCGGCCGCUCCAGCGCUCCUGUGGGAAGUGGGAAGCAUGUCCUCCGGCAGGGCCUCUACUGAACAUGCUAAUAUUUUGUACCACAUACGUUUAACGGGAAAGACUGGGAAAACAAGUGUUUGAGUAUUUCUUUGCCUGCAGAUACCCUUUCGGUAGGUGGGGGUCCUCGGGUCAAACCUUUGCUGAGAGCUAGGCAGUGAAGAGAUUUGGCUCUGAGUCUUCCUCAUCCCAAAAGGGUGCCCCAGCCAUCAGGCCGUCUUGACCACAGGCUGAAACAAGUUGUUAUCAUCUCCUGAAAAAAUGAACCAAGUUGUUUAUUGUUGGUUUUGUUAUUAUUAUUAGUUAUUAAGCCACCAAACUGAAAAUCAGUUAUUCCCACAGCCCUCAUUAAGCCUAGCCCAAUGCCUUCUCAAGCCAAGGAGGCAGCAUUAGCCUCGCAGCGCAUUCAGCACUGCAAUCCGAAACGAGCAAUUUACCCAGCGGGGAAUAUUGGCAAAACUGAUCUCUGAGGGAGCUUUAGAGUCAUGUCAAUAAAUGCAGGCAGAGGCGUCAGGGGCUACAGUAUGUUUUCUGAGUGAGUGCAGAAGUUGGGUGACCAAGCAUCACCCAGGAAUUUUGAAAGGGACAGCUAUAAAGACAUUGAGGCUAAAAGCCUGGAGCUGCUGAGCUGGGGCACGGCGCAUUGAAAUCUGUACAUCACACGUUAUGUAUAGCUCAUAAGUAUCAAGAGAUUCUGGCUAUAUGCCGAAUACAAUGUUUACUUUCUGCUCAAGGUCCAUACAGCAUCUUUUGCAAAAAAAGCACUAUUUAUUGUUUGUAGGCUAAUAUAAUAGGGUUUUUGUUAGUUUUUCAAAUGCAUCCUAAAGCUGUUUGUGCCUAUGACUUACAGUUCCUGUAUUACUGAACUCGUUACGAUAUUGAACUGCAUUGUAAUCGUACAGAUGGCUGAAGAGAAACCCACAUUUCUGAUCUGUCCUCACUGUGCUCAGUGUUUUCUGUCCACAAGAAAUGUGGAUCUUUUUACCACCUGGAUGCCAGUCUUAGAUCCCAUAGUGUACACUCCAUGUUUGGCAUGUGCUGUAGAAAGCUCUCCCCCUGGACUCUUGUUGCAGGACUUUUUCCUGGGAGAGUUCAAUGUUUUGCCGCUUACUGUUGUUGAAGUAUUAGUAGAAACUUGUGGAAAUUCAAACAGUUUUGACUGUUAAAAAAGCUGCUGUUACAAUGUUGUACAUUUGCAUGUAUAGUUGAAAUGUGAUUAUAUUGUAUUCUGUUUAUACCUGUAAAUUCCCCUAAAUUAAAAUGGGAGUUUGGCAAACGCAAUCCACUUUUUCAGUAAAAAAGACUGUCGCACAAUAAAAUAAAAAUAUUGCCUCGUGCGGAGGUAUUUUAAUAGCAUCAGCGGAAGACUGCAGAACGAGGAGUGGGAAUAAAAUGCACUGCUUUCCAAAA